AUGGCAAAUGCAACACUGCUGUCUCUGUCACUGGAGAUGCUUCAACACAUCUUCACUUUCAUCAAGCCGACACAUCUCUCAGCCUUGAGACUCACAUGUAAGGAGCUCGAGGGGGCAGUCCUUGAUCAGUGGGCAGCAUGUUGGAUCGCAGAUUUGGAGGGGUUUAUGUUCAGUCCCGCUCGCCUUAGCAGGCUGCAAAGUCUACUCCUGGUGGAGCGAUUCGAGCGCAAGAUUCGAAAUGUCUGUCUGACGUUAGACGUCACUGAAAACAGCAAAUGGGAGAUUGAUCUUGCACCGAGCGAAGACACCGAGUUCUUGCUUGCCCAGGAGUACAUAUGGGUUGGCAUCAACGUUGGUUGGUACAACACAUAUCUUCGCGACUUGAACAUCGAUUGGGCCACAAUACACGACGUCCUUCUUUUGGUGGCUGAGCACGGCAGCUGUCGACUGUCGCUGGACCUUAAAGGAUAUUCGGACACGACUAGCGACGUCAAGGGCCGCUUUCCCACUAUCACCACGGACAUGCUGUUUGUGGCUAUGAAGAUAAAUUGUCUUUUCCGUUCGCUUCGUAUAACGGAGGGCUUUGAGUGCCAAAGUCGAGAAUUGGGGUUUCUAUCACAAACCUUGAGUUCGUAUGCGGCAAACAGCCUUGAGCAUUUCGACUUUCGUGUGGAGGUCAAGGACAAAGCAAGUAUGGCGGGCAAGACAGCGGCGCACAGUUUUGGACUUUCUAGAGACAUAUUGCGAAAAGCCACCAAAAUUAGGGCGCUAUCAAUCGAGCUUAAGACCGAAGAUUACCGAGUUAUAGAACAUCCUGAAAGUGUGAAGCUGGCAAGGGAGGUGACCAGCGCUGUGCAAAUGGAUCUUCUGGCUUCACUGCACCUGUCCGACGUUCAGGUUCCGCUCUGCGACAUGCUCGAGAUGUUCAAAUUAUGCUCGCGCGCAUUAAAGGAUAUCGAGAUCAACAACGUGUGGUUGAUGGCACCGGAAGAUCCUUGGCUCGAAAUCGCCCGCCAUCUCCGACACUCCUUCCAGCUGGAAUCGUUUCGCGUUGAAGACCUCUGCAAGAUUGAGCCGGAGGAUGGCAAGCUUCUGGAUGCGCUCUUCAGCUCGCCUUGGUUCGAGCCGGGGGUAUGCCUGGAGACUUGGGGACUGAAGGAUACGACAGCAUUUCUCGAUCACAUCAUCAAGCACGGAGUGACGUACAAACGAGUAUAA